AUGUGUCCAUCUAAGAGAAAGCCUCAAUCUUCUUCUUCAUCAUCCUCCACCAAUAAGGACAAGCAAAAGAAGACUUCUUCAAUGAUUCAAACCACUCUCAACAAUUUCUUGAUUCGUGAGCAUGGUGGUGGUGGUGGUGGUAGAAAUAAUCACAAUAGUCAUUCCAUUGAGCAAGACUUGAAUGUGUCAUCAUCCUCAACAGCAUCAUCCCAUCCACCAUCCACCAAUUCAUCCAAUGCCACUACAAGUCUUGAUCAGAAUCAUUCGCUUCUCUCUCCAAACACCACAACCACCACCCCAAAGAACUGUAAUAUCCUUGUAAAUGCAUCCACUUUUCAAGCUCAAUUUCAAGGUGGUAAUCCUUUAAUGGAUUCAAAUACCUUGUCUGAAUCGGAUGAAGAACAUUCUUCUCAAACCAUGACGACUCUCUUUACAACUCCAAAAGAUGUGAGAGCAUCAUCAAACACUCCUUCCAAAAGAAAACCUGCAAUACGAACUCCCCAAGCAGCAGCAAAGGUCCUCUCUCACGACAAGUCAUAUACUCCUUACAAAUACCAAUCAAGUCGACUUGUCAAUGCACCUGAAAUUCCUCAAUACCAACAAUUGCCCAAAAUACCACCUGGAGUUGGCAGUUUCACUCCUCCCAAAAACUUUGGUCCAUAG